GUCUCGGGGUUAUACCGGUCAAACAGAAAUACAGGCGCAGUAUAAAAUGAGAAUCCUCACCGGCAAAGCCACCCAAACCAUAAUCUCCGAAAUGCCUGAAAUUUCGCCGGUCAAAACGUUUACAUUAACCGUUAAUCUACGAGGUUUCGCAGCGUGCCUGGACCACGACCAUGUGUUUGGCGCUGGUGCAUCAAAACCCCUGAAGGACGACACCAUAACCAUCGUUGUGGAAGCUCGCAUGUACACCGGUACAGGAACUGUACAGAAACCGGCACCGGCAUCUUUUUUCAGUUCCAAAUUGGACAACUUCGUCAAGCGUUACACCGACAUGUUAAAAUCCGAGCACUUUCGCAGCACCACCGAUUUCACUCUGCAGUCCGUCGACGGGACUGAGUUCCGUGUACACCGCUUCCAGUUGAUGGCGCAUUCGCCGGUCUUCGCCGCCAUGCUGACGCAUGAUUCGCAGGAGAAACAGAGUGGACGCUGUGAACUGGCGGAUAUCGACAAGGAAACCGUGGAAAUUCUUGUGGACUAUCUGUAUGGAGGAGAAGCACCCAACGUCACCAGCAGCAAUGCCGAGAAGAUCCUGUCUGUGGCCGACAAGUAUGAGAUGCUGGAUUUAAGUGCGCACUGUGUGCAGAUUUUAUGCGAUAGUGUCAGUGUGGACAAUGCCGUACAUCUGCUCAUUCUGGCGCGUCAGCGGAAUUUAACUGCGUUAACCGAAGCGGCCCUGGCUUUCAUCGGUGGCCAUAUGGAAACGGUCCUUCAUGAUGCUGCAAUGGAGGAAAUUGGAAAACUGGACCUACAAGCCAUGCAGGCUAUUAUGAAGCACUGCGGAAAGGGCAAAUAG